AGCAUAUCUCUUUCUCAUUCAGGAAGAAUAUCCUGAAGUUUUUGGAUCCCGAGAGAGACAUUUCUAUACUGAAGGGAACUCUGAAGCCUGGAGACAUCAUCCAUUAUGUUUUCGAUCGCCAGAGCACGAUGAACGUCUCUGAGAACCUGUACCGUCUCCUGCCCACGGCCUCUCCUAUGAAGAAUCAGCACCACAAAAGCUGCGCCAUCGUUGGGAACUCGGGAAUACUGCUCAACAGUAGCUGUGGGCCUGAAAUUGAUGCGCAUGACUUUGUCAUCCGGUGUAACCUGGCCCCCGUGAAUGAGUUUUCCGCGGAUGUGGGCCACCGCACCAACUUGGUGACCAUGAACCCGUCGGUGGUGCAGCGCGCCUUCCAGGACCUGUCCAGCGAGGAGUGGCGGCAGCGGUUCGUGCGGCGGCUGCAGGACCUGAGUGGCAGUGUGCUCUGGAUCCCUGCCUUCAUGGCCAAGGGGGGAGAGGAGAGGGUGGAGUGGGCCAUCCGGCUCAUUAUCAUGCACACAGUGAAUGUGCGCACGGCCUUCCCCUCGCUCAGGCUGCUGCACGCUGUCAGAGGCUAUUGGCUGACCAAUCAGGUGCAGAUCAAGCGUCCCACCACUGGCCUCCUGAUGUACACCAUGGCCACGCGCUUCUGUGACGAGAUCCACCUGUAUGGCUUCUGGCCGUUCCACCGCGACCAUCAGGGGAAUGUGGUGAAGUACCACUACUACGACACGCUCACGUACGAGUUCACGUCUCGCGCCAGCCCCCACACCAUGCCGCUGGAGUUCCGGACACUGAGCACACUCCACAAACAGGGGGCGCUCAGGCUUCAUACCAGUUCCUGUAGCAGCCCUGCAGCUUGAACCCCCCCACCCCCCAAACAAACAUACAUCGCCCUACCCAGAACUGCUGCAAGUUAAAAGACAUCAGUUUGGGGCAGUUGGCGGUGGGUUUUGUUGGGGUGGGGUGAGAGAGUCGGGGUGUUUAAGGAGGGGCACCUGUUUGUAUGCCAGCUCAGACCCAUGUUAGUCGGAUUUGGGAGGACUGUUUAGAAAAGAGCAAAUGCAAGCUUAUUGUUCUGUCCUGAAGUGAGCAUUUUGGCUAAAUAUUUUGAAAUGACUUUGGCCCUCAUGCCAGGAUAUUGGUUUACAUGUUGAGUGUACUGACUACCAAAAAAGGGAUUUGCUUUGGUUUUUGUUUGUUUUUAAGCAUUCCAUCUUUACUGAACGUUUUAGGAUGCCAGUUUGGUGCUGAAAUGCUUUACAGGGUACAACAAAUUCUAUCAGCAAGGUUAUGUUGUCUGACUGAAAAUGUAACUGUGGAAGUGUAAUGUGUCUGUUUGAAAGUACAACUAGGUUGUAUGCAGCACCCAGACAGGAGACACUUAACCCAUCAGACGCCUGAAGUGGAUCUGCUGAAUAUGCACAAUGUUUACAAUUUCUUCAGUGUCGAACACUAAACAUGAUUUAAAAUGACAGAACUUACUUACAUGACGCAACAUGAGCACACUUUGAAGGUUUGCUAGCCUUACAAAAUGUAUUAUUUCAAUAUCAGUCAUUUCACUGUUUGUUUUGUAAGCCACUGAGAAAGCUGUGCCUGCAAAGUUUAAGUUUUGCCACUAGAGGGAGCCGUGUUAAUGAAACACAAACAUGUUGAUGGUCCAUUUGCCAGCAAUGAUUUUAAGAUGUGAAGUCUUUUUACAAGUGCCAGUUUAAUUCAUCUUUGAGGUCUUUCUUAAAUCACACGGCACAGCAAUGUAUUGACAAAAGAGAAUGUAACUGUAUGUUCGAGAGCUUUUUUCUAAAUAUGCAUCCUCAUUGCUCACAGUGAACACAAACAGAGAUGCACACCUAAACACACACGCACACACACACUCUCAUGCACACACACAAACAUAGAGACACUGACACCAGUCUUUUUUUGGAAUGCAGUGUGGCGUGAGAUGAAAGUCUGUGUUGCUAUGUUACACCACUGAGUUCAUUUCCUUCUUCCAGAUUAAGAUGGAAAAGCUAGACACGUCUGGUUGAACAGGUUAGACAGUUGGCUUAAGGAAGUAUACCACAUCCAAACCAACAGGACUUAAUGUAGCUCUGUGACUGGGCACCUUCGGAAUAUAAUGCGUGUGCUAACUGUGGGGCCAGGCUCUGGAGAGCCAGUUUGUGGCAUGCAAAGUCUGGGAGAUUCAGCAGUCACUGGGAACACACCCAGCUGUUCACACAAUGAUAUUUACACAGUCCUUCAGCUUUUAUCCAAGCUUCCUCCCACUGUUCUCUUAGGCACUUAUUUAUCUUUUCAAAAUAUGGCUUAAGUACUCUUACGCCAUCGUCUUUCAAGAGUUUUUUUUUUUCUCAGCAAUUUCAUUGUCUGCUACUGUGAAAAUCUGUGACUAUUACAUUUUGAGCGUUUGUCAUCUUAUAUAAAAAAAAACGGAUUGUCCUUAAACUUAAUGUUUAUUUGUUAUUUAUCUGGCUUGGUGUCUCGUAUGUCGGAUCUUUGACACAAUUCACUCGGCAAAACUGCAUCAACAAGUCCCCACAUUAAACGUUUUCAGUGAAUUUUAUUUCCCCCAGAGGCUGGCAACAUGUUGCACAUUCUGGAGUUUUCCUAUAACUGGUGGUUUGUGUGUUUGCCUCUAAGGAAUAAGAAAGGAACUGAGCUUCAUAGAAAUUACAACAAAAUAUCUGAAAUAUUUCAAAUCCUCACCAGGAACCCUAGCAACCUCUCAUGUGCCCCCUACCAUGCAAUCUGUCCACAUAAGAGGGAGGGGGAAAAAAUGUGUUGUUUGGACAUGAAACAUCUGAGGCGUUCCAUGUUGCUCUUAUGAUGCCUCCAGUUAAGCUAAAAAUAGAUAAUAGACUUGCCAUAGACGUCAGCAGACCAUUUGGAGUAAUGAACACAUUUGUCCAUAAAAAGCGCGUUUGUGUUUCUCAAAAAUAGAAGCAGCCUGUGACCAAUAGUACUAAACCAAAUUAGAAGAAGAGAGCCAGCCGUCGAGGUCAUAGCUUGGGAGGAUGUUCUGGAGAGAUGUUCACAUUUCCUGGUGUCAAAAAAUGUUAGUCCUUACUUGAAUGUCGUCUUUCAGAGAAAGCCCCCCCUUAUCUUUGCCUUAAGAAAGUGCUUUGUGUGUUCGAAAACACACACAUAAACCUUUCAGACGGAAAAUCAGCCCUAGUGAACACUCCUUCUUGGAAGUCUCAACAGCCUCUUUGUUUUUGCGUUAAUGCAUUAUUAAACUUAUACAUGUGUAAAUCUUUUUUUGUAUAUUCUACUUGCUGGGGCAUUUUAUGUUAAUAAUUUGCCUGUCUGCAUACCUGAAUAAACGAGACUAAGUAAA